AUGUCUCCAGUAAUAUCUAAAAUUCUAGAUAAAUUGGAACUUUCAGAAGAAGAGCUUGGAGACAAAUUAGUUGAAGAGUCUUGCAAAUUAGUUUCAGAUUCAUUGAUCAUUCACGAUUUUAGUGUUAAUUUCAUUCUUAAUUUUAGUGAUCUUCGCAGUAAUAGACGUAUUGAUUUUUAUAUCACGAGCAGAGAGUUUAUCGGAGAUUUUUUGUUUGAGAAUCAUCCACAUGGUAACGAUCCCAUAAAUAUCGCUAAAAUAACAAAUGAAAAAAUAGCAGAUAAGGCCAAAAAUGGUAUACUUCCUGAAGAAUUGAAUAAUGUGAAACUGGUCAUGAUGUAG